UUCCUGUCACUCAGCUGUGACAGACGCCACACUGCUAGCUGUUUCGAAAAUGAAACUGGCGUCGAGGGAAUUACAAGAAUACGAAAACAAGACGGUUAUCAGAUAAAAUCCCUGUAGAUUCACUGUUUUGAAACGGCACAGCGGAGGCAGAAGUACCCAACGUUGGACAUGUUGAGUAAACACCAGAGCUGGAUAGGACGUACUGUACUGCAAUGGAGUCUGUAGCUGUGUGCUCGGCUAGUUGGUGAGACUGAAGCUGCUGUCACUAUGGCGCAUUUUGACACAGAGUACCAGCGCCUGGAGGCGUCCUACAGCGACUCUCCCCCUGGAGAGGAGAACCUGCUGAUGCAUGUGCCUGAAGGAGCCAAAUCCCAAUGGCACCACAUAGAAAACCUGGACCUGUUUUUCCAGAGAGUCUAUAAUCUGCACCAGAAGAAUGGAUUCACCUGUAUGCUGCUGGGAGAGAUCUUUGAGCUGGUUCAGUUGCUGUUUGUGGUUGGCUUCACAGUGUUCCUAGCUAACUGUGUGGACUAUGACAUACUCUUUGCCAACAAGUUUGUAAAUCACACUGAUUCAUCUAAAGUCACCUUGCCUGAUGCCUUCCUCCCAGUGGAUGUCUGCAGUGCCCGUAUCCGAGACAAUGCAUUUGUGAUAUUCGUGCUGAUGAUCUCUGGGGUGUUUUGGCUACAUCGCCUGGUCAAAUUCAUCUACAAUGUCUGCUGCUACUGGGAGAUCCGAUCCUUCUACAUCAACGCACUCAAGAUGACCAUGUCAGAACUCCCCUAUGCAACAUGGCAGGAGGUUCAGGCCAGGAUAGUGGAGAUCCAGAAGGAACACCAGAUCUGCAUCCAUAAAAAAGAACUGACAGAGCUUGACAUUUACCACCGCAUCCUCCGCUUUAAAAACUACAUGGUUGCCAUGGUGAAUAAAUCACUCCUUCCUGUGCGAUUUCGACUUCCUGCACUUGGGGAGAGUGUGUUCUACACCCGGGGUCUCAAAUACAACUUUGAGCUCAUCUUCUUUUGGGGGCCAGGCUCUCUUUUUGAAAAUGAGUGGAGCCUGAAACCAGAGUACAAGAGAGGAGGUAACAGGGCUGAGCUGGCAGACAGGCUAGCAUCCCGUAUUCUGUGGAUUGGGAUUGCCAAUCUGCUGCUGUGUCCAGUCAUUCUGGUGUGGCAGAUUCUCUAUGCCUUCUUUAGUUACACAGAGGUGAUCAAGCGAGAGCCUGGUUCUCUGGGAGCGAGAUGCUGGUCGCUGUAUGGUCGAUGUUACCUGCGUCACUUCAAUGAGUUGGACCACGAGCUCAUGUCACGCCUCAGCAAAGGUUACAAGGCUGCAUCCAAGUAUAUGAACUGUUUCCUCUCACCACUGCUGACGGUGGUUGCCAAAAAUGUAGCGUUUUUUGCCGGGUCUCUUCUGGCUGUCCUCAUCGCCCUGACUAUCUAUGAUGAGGACGUUCUUGCAGUGGAACAUGUUCUCUCGUCAAUCACUCUGCUUGGAGUGUGUAUCACAGUCUGCAGAUCAUUUAUUCCAGAUAAGCACAUGGUGUUUUGUCCUGAGCAGCUGUUGCGGGUUAUCCUGGCUCAUAUCCACUACAUGCCUGACCACUGGCAGGGCAAUGCACAUAGAUAUGAGACCCGUGACCAGUUCUCCCAGCUCUUCCAGUACAAAGCAGUGUUUAUUCUAGAGGAGUUGAUAAGUCCAGUGGUGACUCCCAUCAUCCUGAUCUUCUGUCUGAGGAGGAAGUCUCUGGAGAUCAUUGAUUUCUUCAGGAAUUUUACUGUGGAGGUGGUCGGGGUAGGAGACACUUGCUCCUUUGCCCAGAUGGACAUCAGGCAGCAUGGACACCCUGCGUGGAUGUCCGAGGGGAAGACAGAGGCAUCUAUCUACCAACAGGCAGAGGAUGGGAAGACGGAGUUAUCUCUGAUGCAUUUUGCCAUCACUAACCCCCAGUGGCAGCCACCUCAGGAGACCACACACUUCAUCAGCCAGCUGAAAGAACGAGUUCACAGAGAGGCCACAGGGGCUCCUUCAGACACUCAUCCACUCUCACUGUCUGAGUCUGAGCCAAGGAGCCUCAUUGCAAACCUCUUGGGAGGUCCCUCUACGCUGGCCUCCAUUCAUUUCGGCGGGGAUGGCUCUUUGACCAAUCAUGCAGCAGCUGGCAUAAGUGAUGGGGCAUCUGCCUUACGCUCCCUUUCCCCAAUCAGCAGCAGUCUUCACCUGAGAGGCAGUUUGAGUGCAGCGCACAGGGCAGCUGGCCACACUUCAGCCAUGAGCAAAGCAAUGGCAGGCUCUGGGACUGAUGCCCGAACUGUGAGCUCAGGCAGCAGUGCAUGGGAGGGUCAACUCACCAGUUUGGUCCUGUCAGAGUAUGCCUCCACUGAGAUGAGCAUCCAUGCACUUUACAUGCAUGAGCUACACAAGCAGCAGUCCCGUGGCGAGCUAUCCCGUCACACAUGGCACAGGCAGGAGAGUGACGAAAGCAGUGACAGCGUCCCCGAUGAAGCGAGGAGCGAACCCCACCUUCACUCCAGACAUUUCCCACGCUCACACACUUUCCCCACCACAGUCCCCAGUCCCAGUGCUAUUCCCACUUCAGCUUCAGCCACCUGCAGUACCACCCUGGGCCAUGGGGGGGCUUCAUCACAGAGCAGCACCCAGCAGCACUACAGUGGACCUACCAUAGACUCUUUUGGUUUAGGGGGAAAAGUAGUGAGGUCGGCCCGUGUGCCCAUGGGAGGGUGGGCACAGGAGGGUCAGGCAGCACCACGACACCAUGAACCACUACCAGAGGAGAGCUCAGAGGAUGAAAUGCCUCCUCACAUACACAAGGUUACAUAACCAAGCCAUGUGAAUAUGUAUCAGCAUCCCACCCUCCAUAGAUUAAAAAAACACACAUCCUCGUCCUUGACCAAACCUUUGUCCAGGAUUGACCAUCUGAUCUAACACGGAUGAAGAUGGACACGUGCAAGAGUGGUGUACUAUGAUCACUACAAACACUUAACUGGACAAGUUACCAUUGAUGCCACCUCAGCCAUUCAAAGAUACUAAAUGAUUUACUACAUACCUAGACAGGGUAUAUAUAUAAUCUGAAUUUGUGCAUCAGAAGAGGACCUACAGGAUCAAGUUAUUUCUAAUAGCCAUUGAUAUCAUCAGAUUACACUACGCUCUUUUAUAUUGUCAAAAGAUUACACAAUGAAAGUACAUGUGUUGCUGCGAUGUAAACAAAACUUGUGAACACGUCAGCACUACUGGAAGCAUCUUUGACACUUUGUCCACUGUAGAAAAAUACAAAACAAUUUGCCCAAAAUGUGAUCACAAUAAUCCAGUUUGUGCUAUCUGUAUUGUUUCCCUCUUUUACAAAUCAGAUGCCAAGAGAAGUGAUAUUUGAAGAAUGUAUGGUGUCUCUCUAACAAUAACAGCAUUCACCAAAAUGUGUUCACAUAGACGCUGGUAACACACUGACUUUCAUUAUGUGCAUCUAUUCUUGUACCAAUAGCAGGAGGUUAUGUAUCCUACCCUGUGCUCUGUAUUUCACCUUGCAUUCUGCCUCUUCGCAAAACAUAUGAAGGCCGCAAAUAGUAUCAAAUUCACCUUACAUUUUUUAAUAACAUAUUUCACUCCUUAGGGAUUUUUUCUUAUUGCAUUACAAAGAUCAUGUGAAAUUUCUAAAAUGUUCUGAAGCUUUUCGCAGAGUCUGGCUCUGUUUGCACAGAUAGAUGCUUGUUUAAAAGUGAAUUGUAUAGCAUAGCCCGGUAUUCUGCACGCACACAUGCACUGUGUAAAUAAAUGUUAUCAGGUUAUGUCAUAUGUCAAUCAUUCAGAAUAUUGAAUUAAUCAAAUUUACAUAAUUAUAUGGCCAACAUUUUGCAAUGUGUGACCAGAGAUGCUGUAUGCAAGCAUCUGAUUUAACCCAGCUUUUUAUUGUUAACCAUUCAAUAUUUUUCAACAGACUUGCAAAAGAGCGCAGGCGCAGAAAACAAACAAGGCUGUUUUAAGCAUGUAAUAUUGAAUUCUGUGCCAUACAAAAAUCCCUCAAGCACAAGUGCAUGACCAUCAUCCACACAUUCUUCUAAAGAGUUGUAUGUCAUCCUCACAGUAAGAAUAUUGUUCCAUGAACAUCCUCCACAUUAGCUUAAUCACAGCAUGACUUGCCCCUGUACCCCCGUCAUUAAGCCGCAUUUCUUUAAAAAAAGAAGUAUGCACUUUAAUAAUUUGUUAAUGCAGAGGGUGUCACUUUUUUGUAUGUAUAUGUUUUCGUAUAUAUUUUUAUUUUAUUUAUCAAAGGGACGUGCCAUGAUGACAGUAGUAAAUCAAGGUUGUAUUUUAUGUAAUGCAUUUGAAUCGUGAUAAAGAGGCACUGUCACUUCUACCCGAGACUGAUAAUAUGGUCAAGGAUAUAGUGAUUCAGUGCGUUACGUUAAACAUUAAGUUACGUUAAACGCGACUGUGUUGGGAGGUUCUGUGUUGUGUGUUUUAUAGAUCUUGUAAAAUACCAUUUUGUACAGCUGUAAAUUCAUCAAAUAAAGACAAGGCAAUGA